AUGUCCUGUGCCGACAAUACAAGGAGAGAUCUUGAAUUUGAAGUGGGUGUUAAGCUGUAUUUAAAGAUUUCACCUGUGAAAAGGGUGAUGAGAUUCGGCAAAAAGGAGAAGUUAAGUCCCCUAUAUGUGGGUCCCUAUGAGGUUUUGCAAAGGGCCGGAAAGGUUGCAUAUGAGUUGAGAAUACCUAGUGAACUAGCUUUGGUUCAUCUGGUGUUCCAUUUCUCCAUGCUUAAGAAGUGCAUUGGUGAUGUUGUGUCCAUAAUUCCUAUUAAAGGGCUUGGUGGGGAUGAUGACCUUCCCUAUGAAGAGGUUCUGGUUGAAAUUAUAAAUCACCAAGAGAAGAAUUUGAGGAACAAAGAGGUGGCCUCCAUAAAAGUCUAUGGAGAAACCACCUAG